ACCGCAAUCCCGCAGCGCCAUUCUCCAACCUUCCAAGCUCCUCCCGUCCUCCCCUCGCUUCCUCCGAAUCCGAUGGCCCGCACCAAGCAGACGGCGCGCAAGUCCACGGGCGGGAAGGCGCCGCGGAAGCAGCUGGCGACGAAGGCGGCGCGCAAGUCGGCGCCGGCCACCGGCGGCGUGAAGAAGCCGCACAGGUUCCGCCCCGGGACCGUGGCGCUGCGCGAGAUCCGCAAGUACCAGAAGAGCACGGAGCUGCUGAUCCGGAAGCUGCCGUUCCAGCGGCUGGUGCGGGAGAUCGCGCAGGACUUCAAGACGGACCUCCGGUUCCAGUCGUCCGCCGUGUCCGCGCUGCAGGAGGCCGCGGAGGCGUACCUGGUGGGGCUGUUCGAGGACACCAACCUCUGCGCCAUCCACGCCAAGAGGGUCACCAUCAUGCCCAAGGACAUCCAGCUCGCGCGCCGCAUCAGGGGCGAGAGGGCCUGAUGAACCACCUCUCUGUAUUUCUCUUCUGCUGCUGUCCAUGCUAUCGGUGUCGUCGUGUGUUAGGAUCUAGAUGUUGGAGUAUCUUGUAGCGAUGGUUCCCCUCUGGAUUGUUCAAUGGAAUGUUGCUGCUGCUUCAUUUCUUUGUGAA